UUUGGCAGGAGAGAAACAGUAUGCUGCAUGUCACAGGUCGGCAGAUGAGAAGGGCUUCACGCACAUCGCCAGUCGUAUUUCUACGGCUAGAGAUCUCUGCGACGAACUACGGUUUACAGGGUUGGAUUCCCGACGACGACGAGAAGGUACGCCUUUUUGUCCUCGUCUACCUGCUUGCUGGUUGCGACUUCCUGCCUGCCAUAUCGGGUCUGCCUCUCGGGACCAUGUUGGCUCUUACUCUGAAGAGCGUGCGGACGGAGGGUGUAUUUCGCACGUCUAUCUUCGUGCGCGAGGGUGGUGCAUGGAGCGUCAAGAUCGACGAGUGCAUCAAGUUGUUGGCGACCAUAUUCUACUUGAAGUAUGAAGUUGCCUUUGCUCGUGGUGGCCAAGAGCCCGGCUGGAUUUUCCGCACGAGGACAACGGCGAUGUCGCACAUUACGUCGACGUCAUCCGGAUGCUUAUCCUCAGGCGUGGUCCAAAGCGGGCUACACCAACGUGCCCUUCGUUCGAGUGNCGACUACAGCGAUGCCUUUAGCGACUGGGGAUCAGACACGUCGGAGGGCGGGCCGGACGUAGGGUGGGGAGAUGCGGGGGGAGUCGAAGAGGUGGUGCCAGUACGAAACUCCAACGGCAAGGGAUGGGGGAUCGACCCGAAAGCGGCGGCGACCAGCCCGGAGCACAUGACAGCUGAAAAUUGCGUGGGACCGAAGAACGAGUACGGAGAGAUGGAAGAGGAGGAGGAGGAGGAGGAGGAGGAGAAGGAAAACGAAGGCAGAGAUGAAAUCCCAAAGUGGGAAUCCGAUGCGUCCGACUACAGCGAUGCCUUUAGCGACUGGGGAUCAGACACGUCGGAGGGCGGGCCGGACGUAGGGUGGGGAGAUGCGGGGGGAGUCGAAGGUCCAUGGGGGGGCGACAGGAGCUGA